AUGUUUCACAAGUAUAAUUCAAUUUCGAAUAGUUUAACACCCUCCGAUCAAGUUUCUGCUUAUGCACCACAGGGAUUUGGUACAAAAGAAGCAACAAAUAAUUUCUUUGUUGCUCCACAACCGAAAGGUCGACAACCCGGUGGAUCAGGUCCUCUUUCUGCAGGAGCUUUAGCUGCUCGUGAAAUGUCGAUCAGUCGUUUCUUUCUGAGUAAAAUUGGUCUGGGUGGCUCAUCAGCUACUUCUGCAGUCGAAACAAUAGCCGAUAAAGCUCAGACAGUCGUUGAAAAAGCCCAAACAGUCGCUGCAGCAGCCACAAAAGCCGUUGCAAGUAACGUUAGUAGUCAUGGUGCAAGUCAUGCUCAUGUUGCCAGCAGCAGCAGCAGUAGCCAUGCGGCUCAAAGUCAUGGUCAUGGCCAUGAUUCUCAUGCAGCUCCAUGGGAAGGUGUGAAUCUUUGGCGUACACCUUACAAAGGUGAUACGGAUACUAUUACACAAGUGAAACGUAGUAAAGGUUCACUUGAUAAAUACGUCGAAAAUCGCACUCGUCGUAUUCAACAACUACAAUUGUUUGCCUUGCGUAAUAAAAGUACACCUACUUGGGUUAUGAUGCCACGAGAUAAGGCUCUUUUUGCAGUGCAAGGUCUUAUCGUAGGCUAUGUUUUGUAUCAAGUAGUAACAUCUGUGUAUCAACAUUUGAAAGCCAAAGAUCGUAUUAAACUCCUCAAAUUACUCUACAAGGACAAUGUCGAUUAA